AUGCUUCCAUAUCCUCAGGCAGCAUCCCAAUGCCUUGUUCUCCAGCAACAUCACCACUCAAGGAACCGGGGCAGGUGGUGCAGGGGCCACGAAUCAUCCAAGCACGCAGGAGACGCAGUCUGCGCUUUCAACGGCACGGGAUACUCGAUCGACGGCAAGACCUCUCAUAUCCCCGAGACAACCCUCUGCGGGACCUGGGAGUCACCUCUCUUCGCCCUCGGCAGGGACUGCAAUGAAGGAGAUACUCCUUUCCAGACGCGCGCUGGCAUCGGCAGGGUACACGUCUCUGAACCUCCCCGCGUGAGGAAAGGCGUCAAUGCCCUCCUCCCAUCUCCAGCGUCGUUCAACGGAAGAGUCUGCUCUCUACCAUACAAUCCAUGGAACCUGGGCGAGUGUGUUGACGGCACGGCGGUGACUGCGGUGCCGGUUCUGCAGGUCGUUAUUUCCGAUGGUGCGGGGCGUCAGGGUGUAUCUGCAUCUGCGUCUGCAUCUGCACCUUCAGGACAUGGGGUGGCGAGUGCGUCUCCGAGUAGGACCAGUUCCAUUACUGCGGUGUCUUCGGCUGUGUUUGGUGCGAGUCCGGCGGCGAGUGGUUGGCCUGUGAGCUCGAGUGGUGCUACUGCGACGGGUGCUGUUAAUGUCGGGUCGGGGAGGGGGUUGUUGUGUGAUGGGGCUUGUUGGAGUAUGUUGCUGCUUGUUUCCCUGCGGGUGGUUGCUCAUGUCUUGUUGAUGCUUGGGUGGGUUUAG